UGCUCAGCCAGAACUCAGCACUGUAGCCAUAGGAUCCCCAAACGCCUUUUGUAACCAAGGCUAGCCGUGAAUUCCUGGCGGUCUUCCUGCCUCAGCCUCCUGAGUGCGAGGAUUCUACCUGCUUUCUUUAUUAAGUCCCCACCGUGCUGGGGACUCGCAAUGCCUUCCCUCCGGAAGUUUCUAGGAUGCAUUUGGUAGGAGAGGGUAAAAUCAGAUGACUCCAGGGGUCAAGGCCAGAUCUCCACGGCUCCGAGGUCCAGGAGAAGGAAAGGAGAUGAACUCCCCCACCCCCCAGCCUUUGUCUUGUUCUGGAAUUACUUUCAAAAAUAGUUGGGGCAGGAAGUAGGACUUCCUACCCUCCCAGGACACUCUCCCAGACAGAUGGACAGAAAAGGGAACCAAGGCUGUAGAACCCUGUCCCGACAUUGAAAAUCCGGUGCUUCUGCGCAGCCAGACCGCUAGUAUCCACUCAUAACAGAACCCCACACCAAGAUAAACGUGGUGUGUGGUGAUAUACUGUGUACCCCAAUAAAGCUUGUCUGGGGAUCCGAGGACAGAGCUAGCCACUAAAUUAGUCAGGCAGUGGUGGCACACACCUUUAAUUUCAGGAACUAGGAUGGCAGGGCAGAGAAAGGUUUAUAAAGCACGAGGAUACUAGCACUCCGUAGACUGAGGAUGUCGUAGAGGAUCGGCGCUACCUACAGCUUUUGCAUGUUUACAUUUGGUUGAGUGUAAAGAGGACGAGGUGGAAGAAAGACCUCCUUCCCCGAGUAUCCAGUGUCUCCCAGAAGCCAGAACUUCCCAGCCUUCCAGUAUGGUCUCCAAAGUCUCCUCCCCUACUCUGCUGGAGGCUCUGAGCAGCGAUUUCCUAGCCUGUAAAAUCUGCCUGGAGCAGCUGCACAUGCCCAAGACCCUGCCAUGCCUACAUACCUAUUGCCAGGACUGUCUGGCCCAGCUGGACGUCGGUGGCCAGGUCCGCUGCCCCGAGUGUCGGGAGAUCGUGCCUGUUCCUCCCGAGGGUGUGGCCGCCUUCAAGACCAACUUCUUUGUCAAUGGGCUUUUGGACCUCGUCAAGGCCAGGGCUCCCGGAGACAUGCAUUCAGAGAAGCCCACCUGCGCGCUGUGCCCUCUGGUGGGAGGCAAGAGCUCUGGAGGACCCGCCACAGCCCGGUGCCUGGACUGCGCGGACGACCUGUGCCAGGCCUGUGCCGACGGCCAUCGCUGCUCCCGCCAGACCCAUAAGCACCGAGUCGUUGACUUGGUGGGUUACAGAGCCGGGUGGUAUGACGAAGAGGCUCGCGAGCGCCAGGCAUCCCAGUGCCCCCAGCACCCGGGGGAAACGCUCCUCUUCCUCUGCCAGCCGUGUUCUCAGCUCCUCUGCAAGGACUGCCGUCUGGGGCCGCAUCUGGAUCACCCCUGCUUGCCCCUGGCGGAGGCGGUGCGUUCCCGGAAGCCGGGCCUCGAGGAGCUAUUGGCUGGUGUGGACAGCAAUCUGACGGAGCUCGAGGCCACCCGGGUGGCAGAAAAGGAAGCCUUAGCCCAGCUGCGAGAGCAGGCAGCCAGCGUGGGGACGCAGGUGGAGGAGGCGGCUGAGCGAAUCCUCAAGGCCCUGCUGGCCCAGAAGCAGGAAGUGCUGGGGCAGCUCCGGGCCCACGUGGAGGCUGCGGAGGAGGCUACCAGGGAGAGGCUGACCAAGAUCGAGGGCCAGGAGCAAGUGGCCAAGGCGGCUGCUGCCUUUGCCCGCCGAGUGCUCAGCCUGGGUCUGGAGGCGGAGAUCCUUUCGCUGGAGGAAGCCAUCACGCAGCGCCUGCGCCAGCUUCAAGACUGUCCCUGGACCCCCGGGCCUACCCGCUGUCUGCUGCCCAAGCUGGACCUCCAUCCUGGGCUCCAGGACAAGAACUGCCACCUGCUUCGACUUUCCUUUGAGGAGCCGGAACAAUCCCAGAAGUUCAAUGCGAAGGGUGGAGCCGGGACCCAAGGAGGAGAUGAGGCUCCCAGCCAAGGCGAGGAGAGAGCCAAGGCGGGGAAGCAGGGUGACACCCAGCCCCUGAGUAAGGAUGGAGCCUCGACUCCCAAAGAAGGCAAAACCCAGAGCUCCCAAGAGGAUGAUGAGGUCCAAAUCGAAAGGGGUAACAGAUCUAACAAGAAGAAGAAGGGCAAAGGACGGGGCAAGCCCGUUUCUCGGGAGCCCAGCCCCAUCCUGAGGCCAAACCUCGAAGGUUCAAGCCUCCUCCCUCGGCCUGUUUUCUCCUGGAGUUUCCCCACGAGGAUGCCCGGAGACAAACGUUCCCCACGCAUCACCGGGCUCUGUCCCUACGGCCCCCAGGAGAUCCUGGUGGCGGAUGAGCAGAACCGGGUCUUGAAACGCUUCUCCCUCAAUGGCGACUACAAGGGCACAGUGCCGGUUCCCGACAGCAGCUCCCCGUGCAGCGUGGCUGCCCUGCAGAACGCAGUGGCUUUCUCCGCCAAUGCGAGGCUCUACCUCGUCAGUCCCGAGGGGGACGUUCAAUGGCGAAGAUCCCUGAGCCUCACCCAGUCCAGCCACGCCGUGGCCGCGAUGCCCUGUGGAGACCGGGUCGCGGUCAGUGUGGCAGGCCACGUGGAGGUGUACAAGAAGGACGGCAGCCUGGCCACCCGGUUCAUCCCUGGAGGCAAGGCUAGCCGGGGCCAGCGGGCACUGGUGUUCCUGACCACCAGCCCCCAGGGCAAUUUUGUAGGGUCCGAUUGGCAGCAAAACAGCGUGGUUUUCUGCGAUGGGCUCGGCCAGGUGAUAUGGGAAUACAAGGGCCCUGGUUUACAUGGCUGCCAGCCAGGUUCUGUCUCUGUGGAUAAGAAAGGCUACAUAUUUCUGACCCUUCGGGAGGUCAACAAGGUGGUCAUCCUGGACCCCAAGGGGUCACUUCUUGGUGACUUCCUAACAGCGUAUCAUGGCCUGGAGAAGCCCCGGGUAACCACCAUGGUAGACGGCAAGUAUCUGGUGGUGUCCCUGAGUAACGGGACUAUCCAUGUGUUUAGGGUCAGGUUCCCCGACAGUUAAGGGGGCUCGGGGCUGGGACGGGGGGAGGGGCAGGCGGGAAGGGAGGGAGAUGACGUAGCCGAGGGCAUUUUCCCAGCUGACAAAAUGCUUGCUCCUUCUGUGAUUGAGGUAUAGGGAUAGAAGAUUCCAGGAGCGGUAGUGGUGAUGUGGCCGUAAUCUCAGGGGCACACGGCCGGUGCCAGAAGUCAACCAAACCGCUUGCUUUUUUCACUGAUGCCCGCAGCUGCGGCUGAUGCUGUGUAGUUUAGGUGUCUUGAGAUUUAUAAGUGAUUCUUGAUUUGCCGUCUUCAAAACCAUUCCUGAGAUGGGGGUCAUGACUCUGUAGAGCACUUGCCUAGAACUCACAAAUGAGGGUCUGGGGAGCGGGGGUAUGGCUCAAUAGUAGAGCGCCUGCCUAGAUUCUACCAAUGAGGAGUGGGUGGUGUGGUUCAGGGCUGGAGCACCUGCCCAGAAUCUCCACCGAGGGCCUGGGGGCGUGGCUCUGGUAGAGGGCUUGUCUAGCCUGCAGGAAGUCCUGAGGUCAAUUCCUAGAUGUACCCUCCUCCUUGGGGGGGAAAAGAUAGAUGGAGUAGGCCGGGGGUGGGUAGUGGGGGGGGUUCACGCCUUUAAUCCCAGCACUCGGGAGGCAGAGCCAGGCGGAUCUUUGUGAAUUCGAGGCCAGCCUGGUCUACAGAGUGAGAUCCAGGAAAGGCGCAAAACUACAGAGAAACCCUGUCUCGAAAAACCAAAAAAAAAAAAAAAGAAAGAAAGAUGGAUGGAGUAGAUGAAAGAGCGUCUCCUAGGGAGAUGACUUACGUCAUUCUCCAAGCAAAAAAAGACCCAGUAUAUGUCAAAGACAUGGUGGGCGUGGUGGAAAUGGGGUGAAAACUGGCCAUUCUCACAGGGGCACAUGGGGUCACAAGAUGCCAGAGAUCUAGAAUGGCGAUAACGUUGCUGUGUUCUGCCAACCACCAUCAAGGAGUAGAGACUCCCUUAGUGAAGUGUAUGGGGUGGGUUUUAAGGUGUCAGAGGUCAGGGAGUACAGGUACAAUCGGGGAGGCUAUAGAUGUGAGGUUAAAGCCAGGUGUGGCAUCACAGCACACCUGUAAUCCCAGCACUUGGGAAGCUGAGGCAGGAGGAUCAUACAUUUGAGCUUAAUUAAGCCUGUGCUACCUACAGAGACUGUGUGUAAAGGGCUGGACUCCUCUCCCAACUCUCACGCACCAGCCUGUCUCACAGAAGCUCCAUCUCUGGUGGCCACAUGUUAAGCUGGAUCAGUGAGGAUGCCCACUGUGAGGGGAGCUUAACCUUCUAGAGGGUGGCUGAGAGGUGUCGGCAUCAACGCUGGUGGGAUCCUGUCCAGAGAGGUGUGCAUCGGCAGGGCUGUGACUUUGUGAUUGUCCUUGAGUGCUCCACCAAGUGCACGGACUGCGUCAUCCUGCCCUCCAAUGCCCACAAGCCAGACCUCUCGCGAGUUCUCAGACACCAGCCCCCAGAAACCAUGACAAUAAGACCCACAUGGUGCCGAGUGAGGCUCACUGGAUUGAGAUGCAGCAGCUGACGGGGUGGGGGUGUUUGUGGUUGCUGGGGAAGCCCAUCGCCCCCCCCCCCACGGUGGUCCAAGUUUACGUCAACUAGUGCUGGUCUGACGACCAGAAGUUCUUCGGGUCAGGAGAGCAGAAUCCACCUGAACUGCGGCCCUCAGGAAGCCCAGUGACCCAGUGAGUGGCCAGGCUGGCCAAGGUCUGUGCCUGCAUCAUCCAUCCCUUCAAAAAGGAGAUGCCCAAUUGUCUUCGGAAGCCAGAGUAAAUGUCAGAAGAUGGUAAGGGAGCAUCAGAUCCUUCCUGGCCAUUGUCCUGGGCCUUGGGGAAAUGCAGGGACUCUUAACAGACCCAGGACUUCAGCAGAUUUCAGGCCUUGGAGUCCGAGAUGCGGGCCAUUGUGACGGUGUGCUGGCCAGUGACCUCACCUGGGUGGUGGUAAGGGUGGAGGACUCCCUGACCGCUGCCCUGCAGGCUGUGAAGGGUGGCGACCUCAAUGGCACUGUGGACAUGUGGGCGUGGCUACAGUGAGCAAGAACGAUGUUGAGUAGGUGCCUGGCUAGGACAAGACCACCUACAAGAUCUGCACGGACACCCCAGCUCUUCCCCUGCCAUCACCUGCAAGAUCACAGGCACCCACACCAAGAAGGACGGUGAAUCCCGGUUUGCCUAACACAGCGCUGGCCGAGCACCUCACCCAGGUAAAGUUGGAGGCGCGAGCGGCCUGCCGCCCUGCCCCCACACCUCAGCUCACCUUAGCAGAGGCACAAAUGACACACAUCUCCGCACUGGGGUGGGGGUGGAGGCAGAGAUUCGGGGAGGAACGGUGUCACCGCAUUUCAAGGUCCAUAAAGACUCAGCCAUGUUUCCUUAGCCCUCAAAUAGGAGAAACACCAUAUUUCUUUUUAAGACCAUUAUGGGGCUCAGUGGGGGAAAUGGUAGUGAUGGUUGGAUGCAAACAGUGGGAUUUUAUACACACAAAAAAACCAUGGGAUCUUUAAUAUAGAAUGUUAGAUAGAUAUAUAUAAAGAAAACAGCUAAAUACAGUUGAGCCAAUCAGAAGAGACAUUUCAAUAGGGUAUGAAUCUCCAUAAUCUAAUACCUUUCUGAUGCUUUCUGUAUGUUUCCUAGGAUCUUAUUUAUUGCUUUUCCUUAGCUUUCUGGGCAAAAUUCCUUUUCAGAAAAUGUUCGCCUUUAUGUGAAUGAAGUAAAGUGAGGUCUUUCUGUGACGGGAUGGGGCGGGGAAGCCACUGAAGCCUAAAGGCCAGGUUGGGAUUGGGGUGCCAAGCAGAAUCUGGGAAGUCACCGUAGGGGCACGGGCGGGGGGGAAGUACGAUGGGGGAUGUAAAAAUCUAGAGAUGGAUACAGAUGGAGGUAAGCAGCAGCUACCACGGCCCUUUGAUCUGUGGAGGCAGCUUUGGAACGGAGAUGGUAGAGACGACGUGUGUGGCUGGGGGCUGUGGAGAAAUGACGCUGAAGAGAAACUUAGGGGUGACGAUGACAUAGUGGAUCGGGGGCUUUGGGACAAGUCCGGAUAAAAAGUGUAGGGGUGGAGAAAGGAUGUCUUUGGAGGGGGCACAUUUCCUGUUUGUAGAAACCAGCACAGGAAAUCACCAGUGUCCAGAUGAUCAACUUUGAGCACAUAUAAAUUUUAAACACUGGACGGGGUGGGGCGAGUCUGUGAUCCCAGGACCCAGGAGAUGGCAGCAGACUUGUGAGUCGGAGGCCAGCCUAGGCUCCGCAGUAAGACCCUCAGAAACAAAAAGGCAGAUGAGGCUGUAGUCUCAGUUGGUGGAGUGCCUGCCUAGCAUACUCAAAGCUCUGGUUUGAUCCCCAGCACUGAAUAAAAACAGGUCUAGUACAUACCUGUAAUCCUAGCAGGAGAAUCAGAAGUUCAAGGUUAUCCUUGGCUAUAUAGCAAAUUCAGAACCAGCCUAGGCUACACGAGACCUUGGCUCUGAAAACAAACAAACAAGCAAAAAAAAAAAAAAUCUAAAACAGAUAUAAAGAUACAUGCAAAGCACAAAGGAAGCCAUGGAAUCCAGUAGGAUUACAAAACAACAUG